CGUCAGUCAACCACGGAUUAGUAGGACGUCAUGACUUUCAGGUACUUUUGCUUUUAUUUGGAAACAGUAAAAUGUGGCCAGUAUGAGCUAGUCGAGAACCAGUUACUGUAAUCCUGAAUGUUUUACCUUUAUCCAAAGGGAUGUAAACUUUACCGUAGAACAGAUAGUGCCACAUCUUGGGAUAAGUCAAGAUUCUUAUUGACUGUUAUGACAAGGCUUCGGUUGAGCGUGAGAGCAAGUCUUUCCAAGUACGUAAGAUCACCAACAACGUUUUAAAAAGUUACUGGUAUCUUUAAGAAGAGAAUAAAAGAAUUUCUGAAAAUCAAGACAGUCUUGAGGCUUAUACUAUAUUUAAACGUUCUGUAGAGUAACACAAAAAUAUCUUAAUGGUUUAUGUUGGUUUUCGAAAGAACGAGUGACUAUAAAGUCUUCAAUCUUUCAGUAAUUUUUAAAGUAUACAAGAGAAGAAGGUGGUUUUAAAAUUUUCAAAGGUUCGGUUUUACGUGAGUUAACAACAAACUAACAUGGUUGACUCUCUAUGGCACCAAAGUCCUUCUCGGACUCUAGUUCUUGGCUGCAUCCUCACUUUCAUUGCAGCAGUGUUACUAAUAAUUGCCUUCGCCUGCCCUUAUUGGAUGGAGUCAGAUUCGGAAACAGAUAGAAGGUUUGUGCGUAUGGGUUUGUGGAGUGUUUGUUUUAAUAACUACAAACAUCUCCCCUAUUCAUACGACAGAAAGUUUGAUGGCUGCCACUGGAUUUACGGUUAUGAGUAUGAAGAUAUACGGGAUUGGUUACAACCAGGAUGGUUUGUUUUCGUUCAAACGAUGAUGUCGUUCGCUCUAUGGUUUUCAAUGAUGGCUCUAUUUACAGUCUUCGCUAUAGUCAUGAGAGUUCUGAUGAAGCUCGAAGUAUUUCUGUUAGCGUCUUCUGCUGUACUUUGUGUACUUACAGCGCUACCUUUAUUCCUGGCUGUAGCCGUGUUUGGAGGCUUGUGCUAUGACCGCUCAUGGUUACCUGGGACAAGUUUCAACUAUAUUUCGUGGGCCUAUGCUCUCGGAGUCAUUUCUAUCUUUUUCCACAUUUUGUCAUCGGCCUGCUUGUUUUCUGAAGCUGGAAAAGCACGUGAACGACGUCGUAUGGGUAGUAAUCUAGUGUACAACAUUCCGUCCAGAGGAAUAGUGAUGACGAACAACUCGCCACCGUCGAGAAGAACAAACUGACGGAUAACUCAUCAAAAUGAACUACAGCAUUAGAGCAUUUUCCAUAUUUAUAUUUAUUCCAGAAUUGUCACAUAUUGUUUGUUUUAUACUUGUUCAACUAAGUCCGUAAAAUAACAGGUGUUUAGUCGUCAUACGUUAAAGUUAUUGGUAAGAUUUAAUUCAUAUAUCUUAUUUGUUGGUGUUAGGGCCAGAUCUUAUUUAUUACACACUCAGUAGUAAGUAAAGUGCUAGUAAAGUUUUAGUUUCAUUUUAGCGGAUUAAGAAUAAAAGUUGUUGUUUUUCAUUUACCGAUUAAGGUUUCUACUGAAUAAGGGGAAAAAAAAAAGAAAAUCUAAUGUCAAAAAUUCCAUUUGUAAUUACUUAGCAGUUCCGAUUUUCACUGAUAGUAUUCUUAAAGUCUGAUCUUUGUGCAGUUAAAAUAUCAACCUGAAUGAAUGGACAAUAUUUGGUGUCUUUAUUUGUAAAUCUAAAAUGUAUUAAAGAUCACGCAUCAAAUUCCA